UCAUAGUGCGCAAGUCCAAGAACCACUAUCAACCAAGAGCAGCUUUUUGUGGCCAUCGAAUCUAUGUUUGUGAGCAAUGAAGUAAUAUUUUCGACGCAACUAGAGUAUAUUGCAUGAGAAUAGACUGUUUGACCUGCUCUGAGACCGUUGUGGUUAGCGAUCGAUUGGAUUAGAGGGCUGUAGUUUGUUAACUCGCUCUUGGAAGGACAGUUUUCACGCCGUCUCCGUUCCCUCACACUCUGGAAACGCUGAAACUGUCUCAAUAAAGUUUUGAAUGAAAAUACGUGGUAUUUUGCACAAUGGAAAACAAGGCUAAAGAAAGUCAAACUGAUGAAGCAGCAAAGAGAACAGGAACUCGCGUGUUCAAAAAAACGUCUCCAAGUGGAAAGAUCACAACAUACCUAGGCAAAAGGGAUUUCAUUGACCACAUAGAUCACAUUGAUCCUAUAGAUGGUGUGGUAUUAGUAGACCCAGAAUAUGUUAAAGACGAGAAAAAAGUUUAUGCCCAUGUUCUAGCAGCAUUUAGAUAUGGCCGAGAAGACCUGGAUGUUCUUGGACUUACAUUCCGAAAAGAUUUGUUUUUGGCUACAGUCCAAGUCUAUCCACCAAAGCCUGAAGACAARAAACCAAUGACAAGACUUCAAGAGCGUCUUCUAAAGAAACUUGGUGCUAAUGCUUAUCCAUUCAAAUUUGAGCUUCCACCAGGCUCACCCUCCUCUGUAACUUUACAACCAGCUCCUGGUGACACUGGGAAGCCUUGCGGUGUUGACUAUGAGCUAAAAACAUUUGUUGCAGAAUCUUCUGAAGAAAAACCACAUAAAAGGGACACCGUUCGUCUUGCUAUAAGAAAACUSACAUACGCACCUGAAAGACCACAGCCUCAGCCCUUUGCUGAAGCAGAGAAAGAUUUCAUGAUGAGUUCAUAUCCUCUCCAUGUUGAGGCAAGCUUGGAUAAAGGAUUAUACUAUCAUGGGGAAACAAUAGCUGUUAAUAUACAUUUGUCCAAUCGCUCAUCCAAAACGUGCAAGAAAGUUAAAAUAACAGUACGACAGUUUGCAGAUAUUUGCCUGUUCUCAACAGCUCAGUAUAAAUGUCCUGUAGCUGUGUUGGAAUCAGAGGAUGGUUUUCCAGUAGGUCAAAGUGGAACUCUUUCUAAAGUCUACUGCCUUACACCACUGCUAGAUGACAACAGAGAUAAACGAGGACUUGCUCUUGAUGGCAAACUUAAACAUGAAGAUACAAACUUGGCUUCAUCWACAACAUUGGAUCCUAACAUACCUAAGGAGAAUCUUGGAAUCAUUGUACAAUACAAAGUCAAAGUUAGAAUUAUAGUGGCAUAUGGRGGGGAUUUGACUGUUGAAUUGCCAUUUAUGCUGACCCAUCCCAAGCCUCUUGAGGAGCCUACACCUCCACCAACUCCAGCCAAACCUCCUAGUGCUCCUGUUGAUGGGGAGGCAAACCCAGAGGCACCAGUAGCUGUGGAUCACAACUUGAUCGACUUUGAUACAGAUGGUCCAGAGCGACAUAGUGAUGAUCAUGAUGAUCUGAUAUUUGAAGACUUUGCAAGACUGCGACUAAAGGGGACUGACCUUACUGAAACAGCAGACGCCUAAUGUCAGAUGCACUUCAAUUAUUGCCACUGCUGGCCCUGCUCACCCACCCAUAUCCAAUUUAAAGCAUCAAACAGCUUACUUCAAUAGUAGUUAGCCAUCCGCUAACUAUAAAAUAGUCAAUUUUUAAUUAUUUUACAUUUAAAGGUGAAUUUAUAGGUAUAGCAAGGGAUGUUGCAUUAUUCUCUAAAAUGUUGUCAUCCAAUUUAGAGACAUCAUGCAUGGUUCUUGAAAGGUAUAAUUUGUUGAUAGUUUGUGAAAAAUGUUUACACCAGAACUGRGGUCUGUUUGAUUAAUGCUAAGCCUCACUCUGAAGACCAGACCAAGGGGAUUAUUCUACAUUAAUUUCUUCAAUGACGUUUUUUUUUUCUAUUUUACUUCAUAGCAUGAGCAAUAACUCUAUCAAUGUUAUUUUUCUCUUAACAUUAYUAUUAUUAUUAAUAUUAUUUGUAGUCAAUAUGCUUGAUGGAAUAUUUUACUACAACUACUUUGAGAGCUUUGCCUACUUUAUCGUGCAAAGGAGUAGUCCCCAGUCUUUUUUUUUUGCUCUAAUGAAGUGCAAGUAUGAAUAUUAUAAGUCUGAAACUACUCAUAAGAUUCCAGUAGUUAAAGUCAAAUACCAUCAUGCAAAAUGUYCUUCUAGACUAUUGGAAUUACAGUAUGUUUAUCUUCAAUUGUCAUAUUAUAAUACUUUUCUGUCGACGAAAGAGUAUACAGGUUUUUAUUCUCAAGUUUCUUUAGAAGCAAUGUUUAUAGGCCAUGCCUUAUUUUGCGGGUUAAUUUUGUCUUAAUUGGGAAUUGUAUUUAUUGUCAUGUUUUGUUGAACUAUGAAUUCUGUUGGACUAUCAUCUGUGAAAAAAUACAUAAUGCUUGAAACUGGAUUGUUUGAAGGCUGAUUAGCUUUAUUCUAAGGUUAACUCCAAAUGUUUUUGAUGAGUUCAAACUCCAUCUGGUUUGUUUUCUCCAUAGGUUUUAUAAGUGACCUAGGAUUAGGACUAAUUGUGGAACUGGGACCAGUAUAAUAUAAUAACUACUAUAAUAAUGUUUCAGUCAUAAUUAUGAGUGUUUAUUGCCAUAUCAUAUGAAGAUUUUACCCUGUUUCACUCUUACAAUAAUUAUGGGAUUAAAAAGAAAAAGAUCCCAAAUCAAAUCAUUAGUGUGGUUUUAUGUUCUUAUGAAAUGUUUUGCCAAUGAAAUAAUGAUAUCCUAUUGUUUUAGUUGCCCCCUAUGCAGGUGAAAGUGUCAUCGUUUAAGCAACUAUGACAUAUCCAAACAWUGUAUUGACAACUGUCGAUCAUAUGUAUUGUAAUUAAGAACCUGUACAAAUAAAAAUAAUAUUCAUAAGGGGUCAGUUGUGCAAAUGGUGAAUAAAAUAAUCCACUUCAUAAAAUUAUUCACUCCAUACUUAGGCUUUGUAUGGACUUUAUCCACUGGAUAGGAAUUUAUCCAAGGGAUAGCACUGUUCAUCAUACAACUGGCCCUAGAGUCCUCUCUGACCUUGAUUUAGCCUUAGCCAACAUAACUUUCCUUAAGCUCCUCAGUUCUUCCACAUUCGGAUGGCUGAAGAGUGUAAACUAAAAAUGUCAAUAAUAUAUAUGAAUUGUACCAAUAUYCUAGUAAUAAUAUUGUUAUUUUGAUAUUAGUUCUGUAAAUCACUGUCUGCAAAGAAUAUACAUAAUGAAUAAAAGAUAUACUGAAAACUGUAA